GUUACCCGUAUGAAAGACGGCCAAGAUAUCCCCCGCAAAGAUAAGGCUUAGGACGAGGCGCGCGAAAAACCUGUCAUCAAUGGCGUUCCCUUUAUCCUGCUCCAUCAUCUGUCACACUCACAGGCCAACUUCCAAUCUCUCAUUCCUCCAUCGUUUUCAAUUAAACAAAGCCUUUUUCCACAGCACAACUUCAGCAACACGAAUUUAUGCUAGACUCACUCGUAUUGCCCCAAAGAACAAUGCUUCUUCCAUGGAAUUGACAAAGAGGCCAACUUCUCCUUCCAUUUUGUUAACACAUUUGGAGAGUUCAAUGAAACAAUUUCAGAGCUUAAUGGCUGUAAUCUUUAUCUUUAUCGAAGUUGCAUCUCCGAUACCUUUGUAUGGUUGGCAAGAUUUGUCCAUUUCUCCUGCUGAGGCAGUGCUUUAUUCCCCUGAAACAAAGACUCUCCCUAGAACAGGAGAAUUAGCUCUCCGAAGAGCUAUCCCAGCCAACACAAAUAUGAAAACUAUACAGGAUUCUCUUGAGGACAUCUCAUACUUGCUCAGGAUUCCACAGAGAAAGCCAUUUGGAACAAUGGAGGGUAAUGUGAAGAAAGCACUUAAGAUCGCAACAGAUGAAAAAGCAUCCAUCUUGGCUAGCAUACCAGCUGAACUGAAGGAAGAGGGUUCAGUCUUGUACACAUCUCUCAUAGAGGGAAAGGGUGGAUUACAAAAACUUCUUCAGUACAUAAAGGAUAAAGAUACAGAUAGAGUAUCAGUUGGUCUUGCAUCUACACUUGAUACUGUUGCACAGCUGGAGUUGUUACAGGCCCCAGGAUUAUCAUUUUUGUUGCCUCAGCAGUACUUGAAAUACCCAAGAUGCACUUGUGUAACUCCCUUUAUACAAGCAGCACCACCAAGGAGGCUCACAGGGAGAGGAAUAGUUGAAUUUACAGUUGAGAAAGUAGAUGGUUCAGCAUUUUCUCCUGAAGCUGCUGGUGAAGCCAAAAGCACUGCAAAAAUUCAGGUUGUUAUAGACGGAUAUUCAGCACCACUGACUGCAGGGAACUUCGCAAAACUGGUGGUUGAUGGGGCAUAUGAUGGGAUGAAGCUAACUUGUGCAAACCAAGCAAUUCUUUCAGACAGCGAGGUGGGCAAGACCAGUGGGUACAGUGUUCCCUUAGAAAUCAAGCCAUCCGGACAAUUUGAACCCCUUUACAGAACAACUUUAAGCGUUCAGGAUGGGGAGCUGCCUGUGCUGCCAUUAUCCGUUUAUGGUGCAGUUGCAAUGGCGCAUAGUGAUGUAUCAGAUGAGAAUUCAUCACCAAGCCAGUUCUUCUUCUAUCUUUAUGAUAAGAGAAAUUCUGGCUUGGGAGGUUUGUCGUUUGAUGAGGGUCAAUUUUCGGUUUUCGGAUAUACAACUAUUGGAAGAGAUACCCUUCCCCAGAUCAAAACUGGAGACAUAAUUCGAUCUGCAAAGCUGGUGGAAGGACAAGACCGCCUCGUUUUACCACCACUGGAGAACUAACAUUAUAUCCUACAAUUUUUUAAAAUUUCAACAUGUCAUUCUUUGUUGCCGGUCAUUUAUUAGUACCAAAAAUGGAUGCUUCUUCUUGUAAAACAGAACAACUGAAGUGUUUGAUUCUUGAUGUGUAUCACUUUCACUA